CUUGCCUGCGGAUCCGGCAGUGCUUGGAGCGAGUGCGAUCGCCCUCCGGCUUGUUCUCUGCAUUGGUUAGAGGUCCGGGACCCGGGACUGGGGCCACGUACAGGAUCACAAGAGGAAGGGGCGCGGCUCCCAGAGCCCCGCCGCCACUCGAGACUCCCGCCCCUCCUCGGCCGGCGGUGGCGCCUCCCCUGCGGCGGCCGGAGACUGGAGGUGGCGUAGGGAGCUGGAGCCCUGGGCUCGGAUGUCACUGAGGGAUCGCCGGCGCCCUGGAGUGCGUCUCGGGCUGGAGCCACAGGUCUGCCAACUCCAGUUCCCAACUGUACAACCAUGGAGGCCCUGGGUACUGGGAGAGAUCGCACCUCCCAGGCCUCAGCCCCUGAAAGCCUGGACUUGCAACGGCUGUCCACGCGCGCCGACUCUGCCUACAGCUCUUUCUCCACGGCGUCUGGUGGUCCCGAGACGUGCACACCAUCCCCUGACACCGAGCGCCUCCCUUACCUAGACUGGGACUACGUGCGAGUGGUUUGGGACAGCCGAUCCCCUACCUCGAAGGACGCUGUCCUUUCAACGACCCAGCAACCUGGGCAGGCCGUCGCUGGGCACAGUGACCCACAGUCCCAAGAGGUCCAGGAAAGCCUGGGACCACUAAGCAGACAAGACACCCCGCUGCUGUACGCACUGGCCGCCGAGGCUGAAGCUACAGCAUGCACCACAGAGCCGCCCAGCCCGCCAGCCUCGCGGGCCGCCUACCGCCAGCGGCUGCAGGGCGCACAGCGGCGAGUGCUGCGGGAGACGUCCUUCCAGCGAAAGGAGCUCCGCAUGAGCCUGCCCGGCCGCCUGCGUCCCGCACUCCCCGCGCGACCUCCCACGGUGCACGUGCGCUCCGCCUCCAGCAGCCAGGAGCUAGGAGAAGCGGAGCCGGCGCGCACCGCGGCCCCAGCGCUGGGUGCAGCUAGCCGGGGGCGCCUAGCCAGCCAGCAGCGGUUGUGCUGCUUCUCGGAGCCAGGCAAACUACAUCGCGUGGGUUGGAGUGGCGGGCCCACGGACGAGGGCUUGAGAGAGGCUUAUUCCACGCAGGAGUUGCAGCGUGGGAUGCACGCUAAGUCCAAAGGGCUGCAGGAGACUCUGUCCCUAAGUUCAAUGGAGCUGAACUCCGGGUCCGCGGAUCUUAGCAGUGCCCAUAGGCCGGCGGGUCGGAGUCAGAGUGUUUCAGGCGAGGUCAUGGGUCCCUGCACGGGUUCAGAAAGGACUCUGGCCACUGUCCAGGCUGUUCCUCAAAGAGCAGAAACCCCCAGACCACUGCUUCAGACCAAGCUUUCCAGGUUCUGGACUCAGAAGGAGGCUGCAGUGGUGUGUCCUGGAGAGGCCCUACAGACCAAACCAGCUGGCUGUGGUCGGAGACUCUCUGAGACCACAGUGUCUUCUCCGGGCCCCUCCCUCCCUGAUGAUGAAGUGUUCCUGAAAGAAGCCAAAACACCAUCACCUCAAGAUUCCCAUGUCCCCCAAGGGCUCCCAACCAGCCACUCCUACCAACAGUGUGAAAAUGGCUUAAGCAAAAAAGCUGGUCAGACUGCAGUCUCAGCAGAGAGCCCCCUCCGUGAGGUUCCAGGGUCCAUGGGAGAGGACAACUAUUGGCAAGGGGUGAAUGGCUCUGUAGAUAUCUCCAGACCUACAAGCACUCCUAAGACUACAAAUGAUGACAUCCCAACCUUUGACACUAAUGGGCCCACUGACCCCUCUGCAGCUACAGAGAAACCCCCCCUCAAGCCUUCCUCAGUCAAUGUCUUGAGACCUUCAGACUCUGAAACUUCAGGGCCCCCUCACCAAACUUCCCUGACUUGGGGCCAGCUUGGUUCCAAGCCUACUUGGCCUAGUCGGCAUUUUGAGGAGCUGGUUCAGGAGCUGGCCAGACUGGAUCCCUCUUUGAGCCAUACUCUUGCCGCCCAGCCCGGUCCAGAGCCACCUCUGGGCCUGCUGGAUGGGCUUUUACCUGAGGAAGAGAUCCAAAGUGCGAUGAGGCCAGCCUGUGGGGAGGCUGGAGAGAAGGCUGGUGCAUCGGAGGAAGGGUCCUGCGGACGCCACUUCACCCAGGACCUGCCGACUUCACAGGAGGCAUCAAGUUCUGAAAACUCUACCCAUGACCCAGUGCCUGACCAAUUAACUGGCCAGGGAUUCCCAGAAGGAAACAGCACCCAGGCCAAGAAAGUGGAACUAGCUCGCCUCCUCCAAAAGAUGCUGCAGGAUCUUCACGCUGAGCAGGAGCGACUGCGGUGGACAGCCGCAGACUGGACCCAACGCAACGGAGUUCUGGAAGCUGCAGUGAGCCAGGCCUGUACACCCCGGGAGCUGGAACGGUUCCGCCGGUUCAUGACUGAUCUAGAGCGCGUACUUGGUCUUCUGCUUCUGCUAGGCAGUCGCCUGGCCCGUGUAAACCUCGCCUUGGCUAGGGCUGGCUCAGACAGCGACCCUGAUGAGAGGGCCUCUCUGCUGCAGAGACUCCUGCUUCUGCAGCGACAGCAAGAGGACGCUAAGGAACUGAAGGAGCAUGUGGCUCGGCGGGAGCAAACCCUGCGUCUGGUGUUGGAACGGGAGCUGCCCGCAGAGCAUCUGCGCUCCUACUGUGUGCUGCUAGCCGCCAAGGCCAGGAUCCUGUCACAGCAGCGCAGCCUAGACGAUCGAAUCCGGUUCCUUAAAGAACAGCUGGACAGUAUUUGGAGCGACCUCAGCCAUCAUCCCCUUUCUCCCAGACUGUCCUGGGCCCCAGGAAUCCGUCCUCUAGACAAACAACCUUUUCUUGCUACCCUUAUCUAGUUACCUGUGGCGGAGGUGGGAACGUUGUCCUAGACUCACCCGCAGCUGGGAGCAUGCUUUAUUGGGAGCUUUCCCCUGAGAGAGUAGGGAGGAGUCAGACCAGGCCUUCCCAGGACACAUCUUCCCAUAGUGUUCUCCUGAGACCUUAUUCAAGUUUGUAAUUGGGAGUUAAUUUGUGGGUCUUAAAAACUGCAGUAUUCAAAGCCUGGCCUGGUGGUGUAGCUGAAAUCCCGGCUAUAUGGGAGGCUGAGACAGAAAAAUUUCAAGUUCAAGGCCUAUCUGGGCUACAGAGGGAACUCAAAGCCAGCCUGGACAACUUAGGAGACUCUGCCUCAAAAUAAAACGUAAAAAGAGGUUCUUCCAGAGAAUAUGGGCUCCAUUUCCGGCAUCCAUACUGUAUGGCUCACUCACUUCUGCAACUUCAGUCCCAGGGUAUCUGACACUCUCU